UGAAAUUUAAUCGAUUCUAUCUACAUGGUUACUUACGUGUUAAAUGCCCGACGCAUGAGAUUUCGUAGUUCCUGUGUGGUAUUUUUGUCUUUUAAAACUUUAGGUUGAGACUAGAUUUUGUGAAUAUCCAUCGCUGUAUUUGAGUUGUUUACAGUUACAAGCAGCUGUAGUUGACUGUACAUACAUAGCAUGUCAGGGCUGACCAAUGUUCGCAAGACGUAGACACACCCAGGACACCAGUUGGAAUCAGCCACAGUAUCCUCCGCAGAGUAACUGGACAGUCACGUCGCAUAGUGUCCCCGAACAGGAAACCGGUCGUCUCGCACAACCGUUUGAGCAGCAAGAGAUGACCUGCCGAGACAGAACGCAAGAGUUCAACUCGGCCAUCAAGUCGCUACAGUCAAGACAAGUACAUGGCAAUGGGGUGGCAGCAGGCAGGACGGCCAAUGCAAAGAGACAUCAACACACCGAAUUUAUGUUAAUUGCCAAACAAAUUGGGAAAGACAUCACAAACACAUUCACAAAGCUAGAAAAACUAACGAUAUUGGCGAAGAGGAGAUCUCUAUUUGACGACAAAUCAGUGGAGAUCCAGGAGUUGACGUAUAUCAUCAAACAGGAUAUCAACAGUCUCAACAAACAAAUUGGACAACUUCAACAGGUUGUACGACAACGAAAUUCCCAGAAUGGCCGGCAUAUGCAAACACAUUCCAAUACAGUGGUGUUGGCCCUGCAGUCCAAGCUGGCCAACAUGUCCAAUGACUUCAAGACAGUACUGGAAGUCAGAACACAGAACCUGAAAGAUCAGAAGGACAGAAGAGAACAAUUCUCGCAGGGUCCUAUCGCCUCAAGUCUUCCGCCGUCUGCCAUCAGUGCCUCAGGAGGUUCAGUCCUGCUACAGGAGGAGCAAAAAGGCGACUUCUCCAUCGACAUGGAGGGUCCACGGCACCGCAGCAACGUCCAACAGAUGGCCAUGGUGGAGGAACAAGACAAUUACAUCAAGAGCAGGGAGGAGACAAUGCACAGUAUCGAGAGCACCAUCGUGGAGCUGAGCGGGAUAUUCCAACAGCUGGCUCAUAUGGUCAAAGAACAAGAAGAACAGGUCCAACGGAUCGACAACAACGUCGAAGACACAGUGAUGAACGUCGAGGCAGCCCACGGCGAGAUCCUCAAGUAUUUCCAAUCCGUCACGUCCAACAGAUGGCUCAUGGUCAAGGUGUUCAUCGUUCUCAUCGUCUUCUUCGUCAUAUUCGUGGUAUUCGUGGCCUGAUGCAACUCUCCUCGUCUCCCUCACAAAAAGCUAAGACCCACAACCCCAUCUGAAAAUUUUAUUCAAAUGAAAUACUGUUUGCCCUUUUAUUUUUCUGUUUAAUAAAAAUUGUAAUGGUGUCUCAAUGCCUUGUAUUACUUACAGAGCAGAGGGUGUGGUCAAAGUUUAUAGGUUGAAUGUUGAAAUUUGUCUUGUCUUUUUUACUUUAUGCUUGUUGUAUCCGCUUCUGAUUCUUUGUAAGUGAAAUUUUUACUGUUAACGUCCAAAUUGCAGUUAGAAGGGGCCAGGUUUGGAAAGUUUUAGGGUGGUGUUUUCCAGUUUGCCUAUCACAUUUCCAGAUGAGGAAAUAAUCUUAUAUACAUGCGUAAGUGGGGACUAAUUUACUGUUGAAUCUGAACGUUUCCAUAAUAGAUUAAAUUAUUGACUAUUUGAAUAUCCCUAUGAAAAAUGUUACAUGCACAUUUUGUACAUUUGCUACUCCAUGCAUUCAAAACAAGAUGAAAUUUGAUAAUUUGAUACGGACUAUGAACAUACCUAUACCUUCAUCAGUAUGACUUCAGAACAGUGUGACUUCAGAACAUUAGUGUCAUUUACAUGUAUGGGCCCUUGUUGUUACAGUAUUUCUGCAACCGUACGAAGGUGCAUUCCUCAAUGUGAAAGCAAGGAUCUUACUGAAUGCACCAUCCAUAUCAUUCAUAUGCAUCAAUUAACCCAGUGUGUCCUUACCGGGCUACCAUUGGUCGGCCACAAAGUGCCGUUGUCCUACAUUGAGCCCAUGUACCGGUAUGGUGAUUAAAGUACAUGUAAAUUGAACCCACCCAUCCACCCCCACCCACCCACUCCCUACAACCACCCUGCUUUGGCAGGCUGUAUUAAGCAUAACUCACAGAUCCGCUGAAAUCUACUGGGAAGUGGGAGUUUUUUUUACGCUUUUGCAGGAUUGAGGAGGGUACAGCCCACCCACAAUUUCAUAACAUAGAGCUUGAUGCCUCUCCAAAAAUGCAGACCAUUUCGGGGUUUUUUUUCACUUUGGCAAAUUUUUGAGGAUUUUGGUUGCAAGCCAAUAAUGCCAACAAAGUUGACUUUUAAAAAACCUGAAAUUAUAAAGCUUUGCUGCAGUUUGAUUUUGAUUCAGAAGUUUCUAAUCUGAUUUCCUUUUAAACAUUUUUUAAAAAGUAUUGACUGGGACAGGGUUUGAACUUGCGACCUCCGGAUUACCGCUCCGGUGCUCUAUCAACUGAGCUAUCCAGCCCUGUGUUGGCAGUUCCCGAUUUUGUUAAUGUCUUUGUUCAAGGGGCACUGAUUUUCUUCUUCUUCUUUUUGAGCUACUCACAUUUUGAGUAGUUACACUGAGUUACAGGAGACUCAUUGCUGUGCUGGUAUUUUUCACCCAAAUCCAAAUCUGAGCAGCCCCAAAUGUCACCUCACUCCGACGCCUCAUCGACACCAACCCUCUUCUCUUUUUGUCCCUGCACAUUUCCACCAAUUUGAAGAUUGAUUAGCAAGUCCCAUCAAUGGUUGCGUUCGGCCAGCAAAACACAUCGUGUAAUAUAAGACGCUGACCGUUGUUUCCCGUCCGUCUUGCGUUACAGUCACUUCAGGAGUCUAUUGAAGCCAAUAUCUAACCGCAGAGAAUAUCAAGACAGUAGGAGUCCAGAGCCCAUAAUUGCUGAUAUUUCACUCUCACACCCACGUGUCGUCUCCGCACCUGUUGUUGACAACCGAAGACCUCUUGCGGUCCACACUGACCCUUGUAAUGAGAUACAAAUUGCCUUCUCAUCUGAAGAAAUUUUAAUUGUAUCCCGGUCUGUCAAAGUAUGAGUUCACUCUCAGUACAUUGGUGCAUUUUAAGGGCACGGUACAUGCAGCCGUAACUUCCAGGGAGGUUCAGACAUAUUCAAUAGCCAAUAGUUCAGGUAUAUUUAGUGGUCUAUUUGUCCAACGAUUGUUUUUUUACAACAAUAUUAAUUGGGUCAUCCAUUCAUGGCAACGCCCACUUAUAUAGCCUUUUAUCCAUCAAAAGCACUUUUUAGGGUAGAGGGUAGACCUGCAUUGAUUAUUAAGUAUUAUCUAACAAUUUGGUGGGUGGUUAACUUUUUUUGGUUUGAUUAUUCAAAACCACUUUUGCUUAUGGCUGCGUAUGUAUUUGAUAGGGCGUUUUUAUUUUCAGAUCACACCAUUUUCUGCCUCGCAAACCCAAGAAUGCACCUACCUAGUUUUAAUUAUCUUAGUUCUGUCAUUGUUGAAAUCACGAACCAUAUUGGUUCAAACUCUAAAUGUGGUUCAGAAUCCGAGUCAGGCACAAAUUAGACUGGUGCUUAAGACAUACAUACCCACCCGCUAGACAACUCCACAGUCCCACUAGGGAACAAGACCAAAAUGGCCGUUGACCAGAUCAAAAUACGGUGUUUGUUUGCACAACUUUGUAUACAGUGGAGCCCUAGUGGGGGAAAAAAACCCAGCCAAAUUCAGUGGUUAAUUUGCAUGUGCUACAAAUUGCCAUAAAAAAAACAGAAUGUUACAAUCUGCAUUGCAAUGCGAAAACUGAAGUUGUCAUUUCGUGGUGUACUACUUUUGUUUAUAGUGGCUUGAAGUUUAGCAAGUUGACCUCUGCAAAAGGUCAUCAACCAGGCACCCGGCUGAAUUUUUGUGAAACUUGAAACUAUAAUUGGUUCAUAAAUGUCACACGGUAAUGUACCCGCUGCGCUGUUCUCCUUUGCCUUCAAAUAUCAUUUUGUCUUGCGCUGUUAUUUUCCAACUUUGGGUUUCUGUCCCAAAUAUCUAAAAAUAUCUUUAAAAAUGUAAAGCUGCAACUCAUAUAUUCACACUGUGCCAUCAAAAUGUUGAGGGGAUUUUUGCUGCGAUUCAAUUUGAAAUUACUGCAGUCGAGGUUUUUUUUUUAUAUGGCAAGCAGGUAUAAUAGAAAGGCUCACGUUACACCUUGUAACCUUUUAUUUCCUAACUUGUUAUUAACCUUGCCAUAUUUGAUCCGUUGAAAUGUCAGCUUUUCAAUAUGAAAGCCAACCCUAUUGUGGUUUUUUGAGUCCAUAGGCUGCCAACCACUUCCCACAAUCGUGCGUUUCUUCAUUGCAUGUCGGUUCAAUCUCGUCUCUCAUUUUUAACAUAACAUUGGAGGCCUAGGUUCAUUGUCAGUGACAUCGCACUGUUUGAAUGGUCAGCACAGAGACAUCUGAGCAACGAAAUGUCCCACGAGAGCCCCGUACAAAUUAACCAUAGUUGAAGGCGUAGGCAGCUUUUGUAAGUACAUGUACAAGUUUGGCUUCUCAAUUAGCUAUUGGAGAUACAAGAAAUCCAGGGAGACACAGUGGGCUUGUACUGAAAUGUCAUCCUAAAUCAACUUUUCUGUUGGCAUCAACCACAGUAUACAUGUACAAAUCUGUAAUUGAAAACCACGGUUGUUGCAGUGCAUUGACAAAUUGAGAGCUUCAUCAACAAGGGGCAAUAUAGGUCAGUGGUAGUGCUCAGAUGCGGUAUCAAAAAGAUUGCAGGUUCGAGUCCAACGCGAGUCAGUUUUUCAUUUUUCCUUCAACACGUUUUUUUUAAUCUGACUGUGAGUAGGAAGGUAAAGGUUGUGGUUAACCCUCCUGAUGUCUACUCCGUAACCUUUCAAGUUUUGCAAAACCACUUUUGCCCUCAAUGUUGUAGUCGAGACCAGCAAGACCAUCACAAGACACAAGACCAACCCAAGACCUCCAGUCUCAAUUCAAGUCACAAGCUAUUCAAAUGAACUGCAACAAAGGCAUUCCUUUGUCAUUGUUCGUUCCCUGUUACUUGUGGCUGGUCUUGUGAUGGUCUUGACUACAACACUGUAAUUGCCUUAAGAGUUAGUACCCACCCAUCAAAAUGCUUUUGAGGUAAUAUUCUGCGGAGCAUGGAUGAUGCUUCAAAACCCUCCACAGUAUCUUUUCACAGUGUUUUGUGUAGUGACAGUUACAUACACUUUAACACUUCAUAACCCAUAUGAACGGUUUUACUUCAUUUUACAUGUUACAUAGAUUUCCAAGUAGGAGAGAUAAUAUGGUGAUGAUCACUUAUUAUCAAUUCAACCACCCUUGGAUUGUAAUCCCUUUUUCAGAUAUAUAUGUAUAUUUGCCAAGCAUUGAAUUGUUUGUACUUUCUUGAUCUUUUUGUUUUGACAGUAAAGUACCAUUCAAAUUUGACACAAUGCCUACUUGAAAUUCAAGGCAAAAUAUAGCUGAUGAAAUAAGCAUUUUCUAGCCCCCCCCCCCCCCAGCACCAUUAAUAACAUGUUUAGUUUGAGCGUACCACACAGACAAGGCAACAGUGGCAUUCUCAUCUUGAAGUACAUUAAAAUCUUGUCUUAUCGUUCACUCUUUACUUUUAAUAUUGCGGCCAUCUGUUCCAUGGUCUGACUCCGGUAGCAUAAAGAUGACAAAGUGUCACAAGACUUCAAGUUCGGUACUUUGCCUUCUGAACUCUGUUCCAAUAAUUGAUUGAUUCCUUUAAUAAGUACUCAUACAACAGGGGUAAAAGCGACUGUUGGUUGUUUUAUGUAAGUUAUACCGUAUUUAAUGAGGGAGAGGCCUAUUUCUUAGUGCAAACUGGGAACAAAAUUGUAUGAGCAAUUUGAGCACAUAUUGAGCCCAGCCAUUUCACUAAAGUCUUUUGUACAUGUACAUCGAUGAAGUAACACUUCAAAAACAGGAUCUAUUUGGCAGACAUGCUCUUUGUUUUGUUGCCGUGGUACUAGAUGAAAAAUAGAUAAUAUGCAAUAGACUUUAUGCACAGCAGCCAUAAGUGCAGUGCAUUACUUCAACUGGAAGAGCAUGUCAUCGAGUGGACCAUUUUGUGCAUUCAUUGUUUAUUGAAUAAUAAUUUUAAAAAGAACGAAAAUGCUCUUUGUAAUGGCUGGCAGGCAUAAAUUCUGUUGCUUUCAAAAAUUACGAUUGGGCUUAAGGCAUCAAAAGAUUAUCCUGCCUAUCUUUUGUUUUUCUUCAUCGCCAGUAAAUCGAAGAAAAUCCAAAGAUAUCUGCCUUUAACAUUUUCACUCUCAUUUCACCAAAGUGCAGAACGCCCACGAAAAGACAGCCUUUUCAAAGUUUGCACUAAAGCCCUAUUGUGCAUGUAGAUUGAAAAAUGCUUUGGCGCUCCAUAGACGAAUUUCGAACAAAUCAUCCACAUUGAAAACUUUGGCUCUGUUAGCGCCCAACUAGACCGUCAGCCCAACUUAAGUUGGAACGCUUGCAACUUAAGUUGGGACCGUCCCAGCUAAAGUGUUCCAACUGAAACACUCAACUCGGGACGGUCCCAGCUGAAGUUGGGACCGAUGCUCUAGUUGGGAUGUAACAGUUCUAAGCCAUUGAAGGACAUUGAGGAUCUGUCCUCUUUCUUUGUGUUUUUCAUUAUGAAAGAAAACACUGAGGCUCUAAGUGCCAAUGCAAAUUUGAAAUUUAAAAAAUCCUGGGUUUUUUGGCAUCCAAGUCCUGUUAAUUUCCUUGUAAAUCUUGUACAUUGUAUCGUUUUAUUUUAAUAAUUUAACGCGAGUCAAUUUAUUUUAAUGAAUGUUACUACUGUAUUUAGCUUCAUUAUUCUAAGCUCCUAAUUAAAAACAAAUAUUGUAAUAUAAAUAAAGAUGAUCAUGAAUUAAAAAUCAAUAUUAGAAAAAAAUAAA